AUGGCAAUUGUUCAUUCAUCGAUGGCAAUGGCAGAGAAGGUGUCAUGGUACUGUGCUUUGUUUUUGGCAGUAAUGCUGGUGUUGAGCUGUUGUGAACCAGAUGAGAGAGAAUUCAUGGCGCCGGUGAACUUUAAGGACAUGAUGAACAAGCCAUGCGAUGAGAUUUAUGUGGUUCGGGAGGGAGAGACUCUGAAUACUAUCAGUGAGAAGUGUGGAGAUCCUUAUAUUGUUGAAGAAAAUCCCCAUAUCCAUGACCCGGAUGAUGUUUUUCCUGGCCUGGUUAUCAAGAUCACCCCUUUCCAGGAUAGGCCCAUGCUUUGUUAG